CUCAAAAAUAAGAUCGUUUUACGUCCUCCAUAACUUUCCAUUAGUGGUAAUCUCACAGCAGUCCCGGCAAUGGAGAGUACCCGCUCACUGCAGUCACCUGCUGUAACGACGGUAUCAUCCUCUUUAUCCAGACCUGAAUGCAACGUAAAACCUCAUGGCUUUGUUCAGUUCCUCAAAUUUUCCAGUUCCAAGAGACACCCACACGGCAGGAAGCUCAAAUUCGUUGAUUACAGGGCUCAAUCUUCAGGUGCAUUGAAGGUUAGCUCAAAGGCAGUCGAGGCAAUCCCCAAGAAAGAAGAAUCUAAAGAUGAUGAUCUUGCCUUUGUUGCCGGGGCUACUGGUAGAGUUGGCUCGAGAACAGUAAGGGAGCUUCUGAAACUUGGUUUUCGAGUCAGAGCUGGAGUGAGGAGUGCUCAGAGAGCUGAAAGUCUUGUACAAAGUGUCAAGCAAAUGAAGCUCGAUGAUGCAGGUGAAGGAGCUCCACCUGUAGAAAAGCUUGAAAUUGUAGAAUGUGACUUGGAGAGACCAAAUCAGAUUGGACCAGCGUUAGGGAAAGCAUCAGUUGUUAUAUGUUGCAUCGGUGCUAGUGAGAAGGAGGUUUUUGACAUUACAGGACCUUACAGGAUCGAUUAUCUUGCUACCAAGAACCUUAUUGAUGCAGCUACUGCUGCAAAAGCGAACCACUAUAUUUUGGUUACAUCUUUGGGAACAAACAAAGUUGGAUUUCCUGCAGCUAUUCUCAACUUAUUUUGGGGUGUCCUGAUAUGGAAGAGGAAAGCAGAAGAAGCUCUCAUAGCUAGUGGUCUUCCAUAUACUAUAGUAAGACCUGGAGGAAUGGAGCGGCCUACUGAUGCAUUCAAGGAAACACAUAAUAUUACCCUCUCGGAGGAAGAUACUUUAUUUGGUGGUCUGGUGUCUAAUCUUCAGAUAGCCGAACUCAUUGCAUGUAUGGCCAAAAACCCAGGCCUUUCGUACUGCAAGGUGGUGGAAGCCAUUGCAGAGACAACUGCACCAUUGACUCCUAUGGAGGAACUCCUUGCAAAGAUUCCAUCUCAACGUCCUAACAUCUACCCAGGAAAGGAAUCAGUUGAUGCUGUUAAACCUGAUCCAGCACCACCUAAGAGCAUCACUGCUGAGGAACCAAGUUCUGUCGUUGAUAAGCAACCUGCACAACCAGAAGUAAUGGCAGCAAAGCCACUCUCUCCUUACGUUGCCUAUGAGGAUCUGAAACCACCUACAUCUCCAACUCCAACUCCCAGCACUGAAGCUGAUGGCUCCAAGACUCCGUUGACCCCAGACGAACCCAAAAAAGUGAUGCCUCUUUCCCCCUAUACAGCUUAUGAGGAUUUGAAACCACCUAGCUCUCCAAGCCCAACAGCAAGUGGUCCUAAGGAAACACUUACCAGCACUGCAGCAGCAGGAGAGGAAGCAUCAUCACUGACUGGAGGCAAUGAUGUUGCAACAACUUUGGCUGUUAGUGUUGUUGAAGAAGAGACUUCUCAGAAUUCAACCUGGUAUCAUUCACCGUACCACGUUUAUGAGGAUUUGAAACCACCUAGCUCCCCGAGCCCGACGCCAAGUGGUCCCAAAACACUAUCCAGUGCUUCAAUACCAGGAGAAGAUAAAUCUCCACUGACUGGAGGCAAUGAUGCAGCAAAAACUAUUGCCAGUGAUGUUGCUGGCAAAGAGACUUCACAAAAGCCAACCUUCUAUCAUUCACCAUACUAUAUGUACGAAGAUUUUAAGCCUCCAACAUCCCCAAUUCCAUUGCCAAAGAAAUUUUAAGAGGACAACUCGUUACAAAAAAUGCCAAGUUUGAAACACAUGGUUGUUGCAGAACCUACGAAGUAAUGAUACGGCAGGAAUUGUCCGCAAGUUCGGUUGUUCUCUCACCAAUGAGAGACAAGCUAUUCAGAUCAUGGGAGUUUUAUGAUACGAGAAAAUAUUAAUAUUAACUUAUAUGCAUUUGUUUCAUUUCUGGGAUUUACCAGUUUCAUGUAUGUCUGCAGUUUCUAAGCAUUGUUUGGAUGAGCUACAUAAAAUUUAAAUUUUUUUUGUA